AUGGUGCUUCUCCUUCCCUCUCCUGCUGGAGUAGUGAGUUCUCAUUGCAAACAUGCUCUUGCUUCCCAUGUUGUUGCUGAUCUUGACCUUGGGUUUGAGUUUAUUGAUUCUGAUGAAGAUGAGCACAUUGAGCACGAUUUCAAAGCAUUCGAAUACAAAUUAGCGGGGUGUGGCGUUGAUUUUAAUUUUUUGUCUGAUUUCUGGCCCGAUACUGAGGAAAUAGGGUACGAGUACUACUAUGUGCAGUUCAAGAAGUACGGCAGUGAGUUGACUACUAGUGCUUGUAACUAUUAUUUCUCGGUUUCAUUGAUGCAUGAUAUCGUCACGCGGUUGCUAAUUGCUCAUGUCCCGUUUCGGACCUCCAUGACUUUGCGAGAAUUCGAGGAGUUAAUGCCGUUUGAUGCUGUGAUAGACAUUUUCGAGGUUCCAUAUUCCAAUGAUAUGCAAAUCCGAGAGAUUGGAGCACUUUGGACUUCGGCCGGUCAACUAAUCGACACCGGAACAAUUACAUACAAAGGAGAUUCUCUGAAGCCCUAUUGUUACUCCCAAAAGGGAUACAAGGAAGGCGUUCGAACUUGCUUCAUUGAACUUACUGGCUAA